GUCCUCCCAUUCUCAGUGCGCAUGCGCGGCUCAGGGAGCGUGUAGUGCGGCAAUAGGCGGUGCGCUGUGUCCCUCGGACACAGUGGAUCACCGAUCACGGAAAGAGCCGAAGAUGUUGGCUCGGUCAUGUGAUCAGCUGUGUCCAAUCACAGCUGAUCACAUGGGACAUGUACACUGAUCAUCAGGGCACUGAUGAUCAGUGUGCCCUGAUGAUCAGUGUAGCCCCAGCAGUGCCACCUGUCAGUGUCCAUCAGUGCCUUAUGUCAGUGCUCAUCAGUGCCACAUAUCAGUGCCUACCAGUGCACAUCAAUGCCACAUAUCAGUGCCCAUCUGAGCUGCCUUUCAGUGUCACCCGUCAGUGCCACCUAUCAAUGCCAAUCAGUGCCACCUAUCAGUGCUGCCUAUCAGUGCCAGUCAGUGCCACCUAUCAGUGCCAUGUAUCAGUGCUGCCUUUUUAGUGCCCAUCAGUGAUGCCUGUCAAUGCCACCUAUCAGUGCCUCCUCAUCAG